AUGGACGCCCAAAAGCAGGCCUGCAACAUCUCGAGCCUAAUCAACCCGGCAGCGGGAUAUCGCCAUCCCAAGGCGGCCACGCAUCCAGUGACCAGCUUCGAAGCUGGUGAACUCCCGAGCCAGAGAGACCGGUCAGAGGAGUGGCCAGGCCUCCAGUACAAGCUUUGCUCCUGGAGAUCCGCGCGCUAG